AUGAAGGUUAAAAGUAAAAAAACCGAAGCUAAAGUAGCACCUGAUUCAAAAAAUGAAUCCCAAAAAGUAUUGUUGCCAGCCAAAAGAAGGUCUGAUGAAGUGAUAAAAAAGACAAAAUGGAUCAACAGACAGCGAGUUCUAGUACUGGCUUACAGAGGAAUAAAUCUUAGAUCUCGGCAUUUAAUGGAGGAUUUAAAAAGACUUAUGCCCCAUCAUCGGCCUGAAGCUAAAAUUGAACGCCAAAAAAAUCUCCAAGCAAUUAAUGAAAUCUGCGAGGCAAAAAAUUGUAAUAAAGCAAUUUUAUUCGAAGGCCGACUUAAACGAGAUCUUUUCAUGUGGUUCGCCAACGUCCCGAGUGGUCCUUCUGCUAAAUUUCUUGUCGAAAACAUUCACACUAUGGGCGAGUUAAAAUUAACUGGAAAUUGUUUGAGAGGAUCUCGACCAUUGUUAUCUUUUGAUGAAAGUUUUUCAACAGAUAUCCAGUAUGGAGUUUUAAAAGAAUUGCUUACUCAAAUAUUCGGAGUGCCAAAUCAGCAUCCAAAAAGUCAACCUUUCUUUGACCAUGUUUACACCUUCAGUAUCUUGGACAACAGAAUAUGGUUUAGAAAUUUCCAAAUUUUAACGGAAGACGGUGGCUUGGUAGAAGUAGGCCCGAGAUUUGUUUUAAAUCCAGUUAAAAUUUUUUCUGGAAGUUUUGGCGGACAAACCAUUUGGGAAAAUCCUCAUUAUAUUUCACCUGGUCAAUACUUGAGAUCGUUUAAAGAGAAAGCUGGUAAAAAAUACUUGAACCGAAUUGAGCAGAAAGUUGCUCUUAAAAUUAAUAAGCCAGAAACUACUUACUCACUCAAUCCAUUGGAUGAGAUAUUCAGUGGGGAUGUUGAUAAAAAAGCCGAAGAUUUGGAUAAACUUGAAUCCCAGCCAAUUAAAAAACAAAAAGUCCAAAAAGUUACUAAGAAAAAACUGAAAAAAAUUGAUGUUCAAUAA